AUGUCCAAGAUUUUGACCUUGCAACUUCCAUGGGUGGAGAAAUACCGUCCUAAAGUUUUAUCUGAUAUAGUCGGUAAUAAGGAGACCAUUGAUAGGCUCCAGCAAAUCGCUAAAGAUGGUAAUAUGCCCCACAUGAUCAUAUCGGGUAUGCCAGGUAUAGGUAAGACCACCUCGGUUCACUGUCUUGCUCAUGAAUUGCUAGGCAAUUCCUAUGCUGAUGGUGUGUUGGAAUUGAAUGCUUCAGACGAUAGAGGUAUUGAUGUCGUCAGAAACCAAAUAAAACAUUUCGCCCAAAAAAAAUUGCAUCUGCCCCAGGGAAGACAUAAGAUCAUCAUUCUUGAUGAAGCGGACUCCAUGACAGCGGGUGCUCAGCAAGCAUUGAGAAGGACUAUGGAGCUGUAUUCAAAUUCUACAAGGUUUGCGUUUGCUUGUAAUCAAUCAAACAAAAUCAUCGAACCGUUGCAAAGUAGAUGUGCAAUUCUGAGGUAUUCUAAACUAUCAGAUGAAGAUGUCUUGAAACGUCUUUUAGAGAUUAUAAAAUUAGAAGAUGUGAAAUAUACUAAUGACGGUUUAGAAGCAAUCAUUUUCACUGCAGAAGGUGACAUGAGACAGGCAAUAAACAACCUGCAAAGUACAGUUGCGGGGCAUGAUCUAGUGAACGCAGAUAAUGUCUUCAGGAUUGUUGAUUCUCCACACCCUCUAAUAGUGAAGAAGAUGCUAUUGGCCACAAAUCUAGACGAUUCAAUUCAAAUCUUGAGAACGGAUCUUUGGAAAAAAGGUUAUUCCUCAAUUGAUAUUGUUACAACAUCCUUUCGUGUUACCAAAAAUCUAACGCAAGUUAAAGAAUCAGUUAGGUUAGAAAUGAUUAAAGAAAUAGGUCUGACCCACAUGAGAAUUCUGGAGGGUGUCGGAACGUACUUACAAUUAGCUGGUAUGUUAGCCAAGAUUCAUAGACUAAAUACUAAGGCCUAA